UUCCCGAAUUUCCCCCUUUCCCCGGCGCCCAGCGCUGUCGGCGGCGGGCAGCCGCUGGGUGGAUGCGGAGCUGCAGCGGGCGCUGCAGGGCAUGCGCAGGAUGCAGGCGCUGCUGCAGCGCAGCGACCGCGGCCACCGGGAGCUGCAGCGAUCCCUGCAGCAGGCGCAGCGCGGCAAGGAGGAAGCAGUGCAGCUGGCGCUGCAGAAGGAGCAGGAGCUGUCGGCGCGGGGCGAGCGCUGCAACGCGUCGGCGCAGGAGCUGUGGGAGCGCUGCAAGCCCUGCCUGCGGCAGCGCUGCAUGCGCCUCUACUCCCGCACCUGCCGCAGCGGCGCCGGCCUGGUGGGGCGCCAGCUGGAGCAGUUCCUGAACCAGUCCUCGCCCGUGUCCGUGUGGCUGGACGAGGAGCGCCUGGAGCGGCUGCGGGAGCGCGACGAGCGGCAGGAGCGGCGGCGGCAGGAGCUGGAGGAGCGCUUCGGCCUCCUGGAGGACGGCGUCCAGGACCUCUUCCAGGACAGCUCCCGGCUCCAGGCCCACCUCCAUCCCCUCGUCCAGCCGCCCUUCGGCGCCGGCCGCUUCCCGCGGCGCUUCCGACGCUUCUCCGGAGCCUUCCAGCCGCUCUUCCAGGCGCCGCACGGCGGCUUCCAGCAGCUCUUCCAGCCGCUCUUCCAGCUCCUGGAGGAUUCCCAGCGCUCCUGGGAGAGCCCCUGGGCAGAGCUGGGGACAGAAUCCCGGAAUUUCAGCAACGACAAGAUGGUCUGCCGGGAGAUCCGGCGGAACUCGGCCGGCUGCCUGCGGAUGCGGGAUGAGUGCGAGCAGUGCCGGGAGAUCCUGGCCCUGGACUGCGGGCAGGAGGAUCCCUCGCAGCAGGAGCUGCGGGAGCAGCUGGAGGACGCGGUGCGCGUGGCCGAGCGCUUCGCGCGCCGCUACGAUUCCCUGCUGCGGGAAUUCCAGGAGGAGAUGUUCAACACCUCCGGCCUGCUGGACCAGCUGAGCCGCCGGUUCGGCUGGGUGGCCCGCCUGGCCAACCGCUCGCUGGGCUCCGACGGCGUCCUGCAGGUCACCGCGGUGCUGUCCAAGGCCGCGGACCCCGCGGAUCCGGCGGCGCCGGACACGGAGGUGACGGUGCAGCUCUUCGACUCGGAGCCGCUGGCGCUGACGGUGCCCGGGCACAUCCCUUGGGACGAUCCCAAAUUCAUGGAGGUCGUGGCCGAGCAGGCGCUGCAGCGCUUCAAGGAGAACGCCGUAGAGUAGCUGGGCGAUGCCGCCGCCGCCCGUCCGGAUCCCCUUCCCGGGGGGAAUCGCCGCCUGUCCCUGCCAGCGCUCCCCUCCCGGCCCUCCCCGCUGCCAAACGGGAAAUAAAGGUAGAGUUCAGCGCCCUG